GAGCGAUCGGAAUGCACGAACCACUUCCGCAGGGAUGCGUACCAGGUGUCGUCGAAUCCUGGAGUCUUCUUCGCUAAUGCGUCAAGGACAAUCUCAAAAUUCUUGAUGCUGAGGGGGUUGGCAUCAUCGGCGGGUCGUAGUGGGCUGACGUCUACGACAAACCGAACUGCUUGCUCCUUGCCAGAGCUCUUGAGUUCAAAACUGUAUUCGAAGGGGUUGCCAUCCCAGCCGACGCCACUGCGGAGUGAAUCAGCUUCAGGGCGGCCUCCGAGCUGGGGGCAGAUCGUGUCUCUGAAAAAGAGGAGGAACUGGCGCUGUGUAUCUUCAGGGUACUGUGCCUCUUGGAGCAUGCGAGCAAGAUCGCGUCCACUAGUCAGCCACCAGUAGGGCAGGCCUUCUGAGGCCGGGCUCUCGCGCCCAAGAGACUGGAAUGUGGGUAGUUCAACGGUGACGGACAUGGUCUGGUGCGGUGCGAUUGGGGUAACAGUUUGGGUCUAUUGAACUACGAUAUAUCCAUGGUGGUAGGGAACUUGUACUGGCCCUGAGUUGGCUUGGUCUAUGUGGCCCAGGGUGAAGUCUAGACUCUGACAUGCCCUGAGUGAAACCCCGAGUGAAUCGAUUACUCAGGGCUACGUGGUUGAUGCACGACUCAUCAGCCCUGCCAAAAUGGAGGUGUUUGUCUCCCAAUCUCUCGACAUAAUCCGAUCAACAGCAUGGACGUACAAUCGUUUCUCUGUCGGCUUCCUGACAGCCUCGGCCUGGUCGGUUGGCUCACGGCGGGGUUCGUUGCUAUAUUCGCUCUCCAGCUCGGUCGGGCCUGGUGGCGACUACGACACAUUCCUGGUCCCUUUCUGGCUUCUCUUACCAACUUGUAUCGUAUGAGCUGGGUUCCAACUACACGGGCGCAUCUCAUUUUGCAAGAUGUACAUAAGAAGUAUGGAGAGGUGGUUCGUAUCGGGCCCAAUAUGGUCUCGUUCAGUAAUCCGGAAGCGAUUCCCACGGUCUAUCCCAUGCGCGCCGGGUUGCCAAAGAGCGAUUUCUACGUGACUUUGCGCCCGUAUACCAGGCAUGGUGGCGCAUUACACGCCGUCUUCAACACCACUGAAGAGCACAUUCUCAAGCAAAUCAAGACCCCCAUUGCCCCGAUCUUCAACAUUACCAACACUACUACCGUUGAGCCACUUGUAGAUGAAGUGUUACAAUGUAUCCGUGAUAGGUUUGAUCAACGCUUUGCCGCCACGGAGCAGAUCUUUGACAUGGGACAAUGGCUGCAAUUCUUCGCGUUCGACGUCAUGGGCACCAUGACAUUUUCCAAGCGAUAUGGAUUUCUGGAUGAGGGGAGGGAUGUGGGCGGAAUGUUGGGAACAAUUGUUGAUUUCAUGAGGACCUCUGCCCCGAUGACACAGUCGCCCAUGUUAGACAGAAUCCUACGGAAGAACAUCAUUGCCGACACCUUCUGGCAAGCCGUCCGGGGGACCGCGUCACUCUCCAUCCUAGGCUUCGUCGGGCAGGCUAUCAAAGAAAAGAAAGAAAAAUUAGAAAACGGUGACGCCAAAACAGACGACCGCCAUACGGAUUUCCUGACGCGCUACAUCCACCUACAAAAGAAUAAUCCAGAGAUUCCGGCCUGGGCGCCGACAGCCUGGACAUUCUCCAACGUCAUUGCCGGCUCCGAUUCGGUCGGCACUGUCAUGCGUACCCUCUUAUUCCAUCUCUUAGUCUAUCCAAACACCCUUGAAAAGCUGUAUGAGGAGCUAAAAGCCGCGAGUCUCUCCCAUCCCUUUCCUCGGUACAACGAGGUGCGCGAUCUGCCCUACCUUGACGCCUGUGUGCAGGAAGCAGUCCGGAUCCACCCGCCCUUCGCCUUACCGUUUGAACGGGUCGUGCCUAAAGGUGGCGUCACAGUGCUUGGGCAUUAUCUCCCUGAGGGGACGGUCGUUGGAGGAAACCCGUAUGUUGUGAAUCGGGAUCCGAAUAUGUUCGGCGAGGAUGCGGAGUUUUGGCGGCCGGAGCGAUGGCUCGAGGGGGAUAUCUCCCACAAAAGAAAGUUAGAAGGAAGUGUCCUUACGUUUGGUGCCGGCCGACGGAUCUGUCUCGGACGACAUGUGGGCAUCUUGGAAAUCAAAAAGCUCAUCCCGUUCUUGGUUAUGACAUACGAUGCAAGUUUCCCCCCUCAUCCCAAGGUUAUGAGCACAGUUACUGACCAAGAGAAGAUGCGGGUUGUGGACCGAGAGAAAUUCGAAGUGGAGAAUUCCUGGUUCUUCUUCCAGAGAGGCUUCUAUGCUCAAAUUCAGAAACGCACCGAAGCAGCAUAA